CGUCAUUCUCUUGUCGCUUGCUUGCCUGCUUGCGUGUUACAUUCAUUCUUACUCACCAAUCCCCCGAGUACAUAAUUCUUCAGUCGCCAUGUCAAAUAAGAAGAUCGAGCAAUGGGAAAUCGAACGAUAUUGGGAGAUCUUCGCAUCGCUUGCAGGCGGCCAGCCGCGCCUAAACAACUCCCAGGCCGCCUCCGUAUUGAGGAACAGCCGGCUUCGCGAUGACCAACUCGAGAAAGUUUGGGAUCUGGCUGAUGUCGACGGAGAUGGCGAGCUGGACUUUGAAGAGUUCUGUGUUGCCAUGCGAUUGGUCUUUGACCUUGUAAACGGGGAACUGCAAAGCGUACCUAAUGUCUUACCCGACUGGCUCGUUCCCGAAUCCAAAGCCCAUCUAGUUCAAGCAACGCGAGCACUAAGCGAUCGUCCGGAACAAUUCGAACGGAUAGAGGAUGAAGACGACACCCCGGGUCUCAAGGAUGGAUUCGAAUGGUACAUGAACCCGGCGGACAAGUCCAAGUACGAGGAGAUCUACCUUGCGAACAAGAACCACCGCGGAGAAAUCACAUUCGAAUCACUACAGGGUCUGUAUGACUCCCUAGACGUGCCGGACACGGACAUCCGCUCGGCAUGGAACCUCGUCAACCCGUCCGCCUCCCCCGCCAUCAACAAAGACGCCACCCUUGCAUUUCUGCACAUCCUGAAUUACCGCCACGAAGGCUUCCGGAUCCCGCGCACCGUCCCGGCCUCGCUGCGCGCCUCGUUUGAGAACAACCAGAUCGACUACCAGCUGGACAACGUGCGGCCCGCCCAAAAAUGGGGCGGCGGCGCCAACGGCGACAACACCACUGAGACCGCGACCGGCCGGAAGGCCAAGUUCGGCGACACCUACCUGAGCCGCCUCGGCGCCGGGGGCAAGACCUCGUACACGCCCAAGGGCACCGACUUUAGCGACACCAUCCAGGACGAGGAGUGGGAGAAGGUGCGGCUGCGGCGCGAGCUGGCGGAGCUGGAGGCCAAGCUGGACGCGGCGCGCAAGGCGUCGGAGAGCCGCCGCGAUCGCGACCGGCCCCGCAACGACGGCCGGCCCAACUGGGUGCUCAUUAAGAAGGAGGCCCUGCAGCUGCUGGAGUUCAAGGAGCGGGAACUGCGCGAGCUCCGCGAGGGCGUCGGCCGCACCAAGGACGGCCAGGACACCGAGCGGCUGCGGGAGGACGUCAACGCUGUGGGCGAGCAGGUCGAGGGCCUGAAGACGCACCUGGCGCAGCGGAAGGAGGUGCUCGCCGACUUACGGCAGCAGAUCGAGGAGCAGAAAGUCUCCCGGUAGUCUGUCUGUCUGUUUGUUUUCACUUGGCGUUAUCCACCCUUACAAGCUGUGUUUCCUUCUCUUCGUUUUUUGAAUAUAAUCUUCUACCUUCUCGCUGCUAUGGGUGCGAGACUUUGUCUUCUGCCCCCUUUUUUCACUUCGAGUCUCAUCACCACACUGUAUAGCCAAUUCGUCUUUCACAUUCCAGUUUUCAUAUCCUUCGGGCGAGGAGCUCCAGGCGCAUAAAUGGAUGUUUGAAUUUUGUUCCACUCUGCCUUUCCCUUACUUUUACAAGUUCAAGUUCCAGCUUCCCAACCAGGCUGUGAUAUACAUACAUAGAUGACUCCAAAACAGCUGCUGAUUCC